AUGGUGGACUGUCUGUGCCCGUCGGCUGCCUUUCUCCGCCUCCAGGACCGCCGCGACGUCGCACACCGCGGGCUCGUGCUGGCAGCCCGCACCCACGCCGCCAUAUCCAUGGACGGUCAGUCACUGCCGGCAGAGGGCAUCCAAGAUCUUCUCGCCUCCGUGAUCCCCGAGACAGUCCCUAAAACACUCGAACUCGUCCCGACCGCAGGGCCCUACCUGCAUUACCGCGCGGAAGCCGCACUUGAUGGAGCCGCUUUGAUGUUGUCCUUCACGCCUCGAGUGGCGAGGCUCUUGCGAUCUGAGCGUUCCGCCAUGAGGUCAGAGGUUGCCCUCUUGCAAUGGCUGGCCAGAUCUGGCGCCGGCAACGCAUCGACACCAGCCAACAUAUUGGACCAGUCGAAGCCAGAUCGGGGGGAUUGUAGCGACUGCGGCGCAAACUAUUGGACAUGCAAUUGCACCUCGGGCAGGCUGCUGUCCUUUCUGCCUCAGCUCAUGGGGCAUGGGACGGCAAGGCAUCUUGCUCAAGGCGAGUACAUCAUCACUAGGCCGGCCCCAGGCAUGCCUAGGGCAGCGCUGGGGGUUUCACUCGACACGGCCCAGCAAGACGACCUCGAUCUCCAGACUGGACGCCUCCUGCGGCACUUGUCAUCUCAAGUCUCUCCCAAUGGCAAGUUCGGCACCGCACUCGCUAUUUUAUCGCCGCGAUCAGGCGACGAAAGCGCCGGCCGCGUGGGGGAGAGAGCUUCAACGCCAGAUCGAGAUUCGUGUUAUGAGAAAUGGUCCGAUGCCUUCAUUUCUCUCCUGGAGUCGGCUCUUCGCGAUGCCGAGGACUUCAAGGUCGCGAUUCGAUACGAGGCAGUCAGGGACCACGUGAAUCGAUUCAAGCACUUUCUAGAUGCCGUGUCGAUGCCGCGCUUGGUUGUAGUCGAUGCCGGUGAAGAACAACUUACCCUUGUCACCCCGGUUGGGAGCGAAGUGGACAUUGCCGGUCGGUGGUGCGACAUGCAUGGACCCGAUGACUCUUUGCUUAAAGCGAGGCAAUUGGCGUCUCCCACGGCAGGCCCCAACGGCGAAGAGGCUUCUGAUUCUGACAGCGCAUCCCAGCAAGCCAAGGUCGGACAAGGGCGGGUGUCUGCGUCGUUCGUGGUGACCGGUAUUCGUGGCCUAGGUAACAGCGUCUUCGGGGAUCCCUUGUUCGCGUCGGUUCUCAGCAGGAACGCUACCCCCAAGAUUUGGUCUGGCUUCAUGCCUGUGAUGGCUGAGCGACUUAGUGCCACUACAAGUCCUCACCACGGCGGUCUCUUGGAUGAUGCAGCGCAUAUUGAAGUCCGCCGCCUCCUCUAUGAAUGCCACCAUGCGGUCGUUGCCAUAGUAAGGGAGUACUGCCGGAGGCAGAGUGACAGCGAUGACAGGGAAAUGCCUGCCAGAAAGAGGCUGACUCAGGCUCUUCGGAGGCUCGAUAGCAUGGACGAUAGGGGAGUCGUAUGGCGGCAGCUUUAUGACGACGAUGUGUAUCCGGUCAAGCGGCAGAAGCCGGACAAUGGUGAGGCUGGCGACGGAUGA